UAGUCUCCCGUGUCUGCAGAUCGACUCCCGCGCUCUUCGAAAUGUCGACGAAGGACCCCUUUAUAUGGGACACGAAACAUACUCCGAAUAUUGUCUGGUGUCCUGUGUAUAAGGUCGCUUCUACAACCUGGAUGAGCAACUUCUUCAUCCUCGCUAAUCGUAGCAACAUCGAUAAAAAUCUCCUUCGAAGGUUUAACGAGGCCAGGCAGAAGAAAGAGCAAAGGGGAAUUAACAUGACGCAAUCCUUUCGCCACAAACUGGUUCGUGACAUGUAUCCUGCGCCACGGUUGCCUGAAGAGAGAGAGAACGUCUUGAAAAACAGUAUGAGAAUAAUCGUUGUUAGGCACCCUUUUACCAGGAUUCUCUCGGCAUAUCGGGACAAAAUGCUCAGCGAAAUUCCCGGUCCACCCAAGUUCAACUUCAGGGAACUGCAGGCCCACAUAGUGAAGGAAUACAGGAAGCCCGACAGCGCAGACGAUUCAAGGUUUCCGAGUUUCCCCGAAUUUGUUCAGUUUGUCAUCGAUUCCACGAAGAGGUUCACGAGCUCUAAGGAGUGGAAAGAAAACGUAAAAUGCUGGUUGCCUUACUGGGUUCGUUGCAGCGUGUGUUCGUUCGAUUAUAACGUUAUCAUGAAAUUAGAAACCAUGGACGAAGAUAAGAGGUUUCUAGUCACCCUCUCGCGCCUUCAUGAACUCAGGGACAAGGACGAGUGGGUGCACCUCAAGAACGCCACUUCCUCCUCCACUUCUGGCAGCCAAGUAUUACCAGCAAUUAACUCGACGCCAAAUAUUACAGUUAUACGAACGUUAUGAACCGGACUUUAAG